AUGUCGCAGAAAUGGGGAACAAUCCUAGUCAUAGGCGGCGCCGGACGACUGGGCUACUUCGUCAUUCAAGAACUCCUCAAACAGCCAGAAUGCGGCCGCAUUGUAUCCAUCAAUCGCAAGCUUCACGAGGAAAAUCAACAUGAAGUUGUGGAAUACAGAGCCGUGGAUGUACGAGCUGCAGAAACCCUGCGUACAUUGAUGUACGACGUCAAGCCCGAAGCGAUCAUCAAUACUGCCGCUCCUGGACAUGUCGAUGGAUCGACGCCAGUGAAUGAGUUCCAUGAAGUGUUGGUGACGGCACAGGCAAGUUUGAUCGAUCUGGCGAGGCUCGUCGGUACGAAGGUCUUUAUCACCACCAGCUCGGCGAACGUUGCGGGCGGCUGGGAGCAUGUCAGUAUCGACGAGACAGCACCAUACUGGCCGGAAACCUCGAGUUUUUUUCCCUACUGGAUUAAGAAGGCUGCGGCCGAGCGCGAGCUGCUCGCAGCAGAUUCUCCGACCCUGCAAACCGUAUCGUUGAGGCUUCCGUUGAUCAUUGGCGAGCGAGACUAUGCCUUCGUGCCCAGCUUGCUAAAGACACUCGAGCAAGGUCAGACUGGGGUACAGAUUGGCAACAACACUGGCAGGCUGGCGACAAUUUCAGCAGAGGAUGGCGCCGUUGCUCAUGUGCUCGCUCUCCGCAGAUUGCUCCAGCCAGGGAACGACGUCCACGGCCAGAUCUUCUACAUCACUAAUACUCGAGCUCUUCCAUUCUGGACCAUGGCGCAGAUCGUGUGGACUGCGGCAGGUUGGAAGAAGACGAGGGAGCCCUUCGUGGUUCCUGAGGCUUUGGCCAUGUGCAUGGCUUUGGUUUCCGAGUGGUUUGUGUACCUGACGAGCUUUGGGAGGCGUGCUGCGGUGUUCAACCAGAGGGUGGUCUAUUUCAUGUGUCGUGAGUGGACGUAUGAUGAGAGCAAAGCGGAGCGAACUUUGGGAUUUGUGCCGAAGAAUGAUGUUGAAGAGCAACUCAAGAGGAGCGUGGAGUGGGAGUUAAGAAAGAGGAAGAAGUGA